AUGGAGAGCCCCCACGAGCACCAGCAGAGUCUUCUGCUCUCCCGUAUCAUCACCAAUAUCGAAAAACUCAACGAAGCCGUCAUGGUGUUGAAUAAGGGUCUACAAGAAGUCAAUGUCCAGAACAUGAAUGUCGAGCUUGUUGCGCAGAUGUUUAAAAACUAUCAAUCCAACGUGUUGUUCCAUCUGGAAGCCACCGAGAACCUCCAGGAGCCUUCUUAA